AUGAAAUUAAAAGUUGAAAAUCUUUCAAAAUUAAAAGUUGAUGGAACAUAUUUGUUUAAAGAUGUUUCAUUCUCGUUAUUUGGUAAAGAAAUAAUAACAAUUUCGGGACCUAGUGGAGUAGGGAAAACUACAUUAUUAAAGUGUAUCGCUCAAUUAGUAAUAUACGAAGAAGGAUGUAUUUUUUUUAAUGACAAAACACCUGAGGAAUCUGGUGUUCCAAAUUGGAGAACUCAAAUCAUGUAUGUUCCACAGAGAACUCCAAUAAUGCCAGGUACACCGUUAGAAUUUAGUCAAAAAAUUAGAACCUUUAGUUCACAACGGUUGAUUAAUAAAUUCUACGAUGAUCCGAUCGAAAUAUCCGGACGAUGGAAUAUUUCAGAAGAAUUAUGGGAAAAGAAUUGGAAUCAAUUAUCUGGUGGUGAAUUACAACGUAUUUCUUUAGCUAUUGCUUUAUCAUCAUUAGAUCCAAAAACUUGUCAUUUAGUUGAAAAGACACUUAAAGAAUAUUCUUGUAUUAUUGUCACACACGAUCCAGAACAAGAAAAACGUAUAUCAACCCAUAGAAUUGUUUUAAAACCUCAUAUGGAAAAUGAAAACAAUUAUGGACAUUUACUAUAA